GAGCACUACCCAGUUUUGGCGGGAAAAUGGCUUCGUCAUCAAUGCGCCCAUCUAGUAUCACAGCGUACCACCAAAAAGUUGUUUCGCGAACGCAAGAAUUAGGUACUUUGUAAAUUCGCGUAAAUUAAGCUCAUUUUUCACUUGCUCUUCUUCACAUUUCGAUUGUUUCUAUAUCUGUCGGUCAGACAACCUGCUUAAGUGUUCUACACGUGCUCCAAAAAACUGCAGAUAACUACUUCCGUGUAUUCACGAUUAGUUCAAUUUCAGAGGCCGCUUAUGAACUUUUUUAAAAUGUAAAUCAUCAAAAAUUUGACUGGUUAUUCAACUUUGAUUCGGUGAUUGUCCACGUCAAAAUAGCUUUUGAACUGUUCUGUAAUCAGGGAAAGUGAUGCCCACAAAUAUUAUAUUUUUCUCUAAGUAAGGUCUGUUUAGACAGUUAUCUGCUCUAUAAAGAUAAGAUGCAACAUCUAUGAUUUGCGGAAGGAAAAAUUUCGCGGCGUUCAUGACCUAGGGGAAAACAUGUCACGCUUGGAAGUCACGCUUUCUUUGCAUUCGUUUUGGAAGACUCCUCUUAGAAAGCACUGUCACGCUAUCUCAAAAUUACCCAGAUGCGAGACGCUCUAAAAACAUGAUUAUAUCAAACUUCAUACUUUGUGAACCAUUAAUUUCUUGAUUAAAAACUACUAAUGUUGACUGCAAAUAUUAUUAGAUCUUAUAUUUCAAUACAGGAUGCAGGUUUCAUGUAACAAUAGACCGUUGCACUCAGCGUCCUCAGUGGAAGUUUGGACAGAGUACGGUAUUCAGGUUUUGAAUAGAGUUUUCAUCAGAGGAAUACCAAAUAGAAUGACUGAGCUUCAACUUGAAAUUCUCUUUGGUGGUAUGGGUUUUGAGGUACAGAAUGUGAGGAUUGUUGAAGACCUCAGGAGUGGUGUAAAUAAAGGAUAUGGUUUUGUGACAUUUCACACAGCAGAGGAAGCUCAACGAGUGAGAGACAUGGGUUUAGUGCAAUGGAAAGGAAAAACUCUUCAAAUUGAUGUAGCAGUCAAAAGAAAGCCAGUGAUGCAGGCCCUUCAACAGAGAUAUGCUGUGACAGCAGGACAGCCAUAUGUUGUGCCACAGGGGACCCAGCCAGUUUACAUCAUGGCCAUUCAAACAGAUACAGGGUGUUCAGUACCACUGGUCAUGGAUGGAGUUGUGUGGCAGCCAUAGUUGAACCAGUGAUUGGAGCAAUAGAAACAAGAUGCAACAAGAAGUUUAUCAUAGAUCGUAACAUGUGCUGGAAAAAGAUUCUGAGUUGUUGUGUUUUUAACGGUUAAAUUAGGAUCAAUAAAAUUUAGUGGCUAAAUGAGGAUCAACAAAAUUUAAUGGCUAAAUUAGGAUCAACAAAGUUAGAAGUUAAGAUAGGAGGAAAUUGCGACCAUUAUUAAAAUGUAUUUAGUCAGUAUUUCAGCUGCAAAGAAUGUUGCAAAGUAAUUGACUUGAAAUAUGAGGAAUGUUUGGGAGAUACUAUGGAUCAGCUAAGAGAACCUUUGUAUCUAAUGAGUAAGUAGUUGUAGCGAAGAUGCAACUAGUGGAUGUAUUGUUUAGACUAUGUAUGAAAGAAAAGUAAUGAUUUUAUAGUUGAAAUUAAAUGC